UAAGCGUCUGCGUUGCAUAGAAACAGAAGUUCUCCGGAGGAAGCUGUUGCUACAAAAACAUGAAGAUGCUAACUACAUCGUUUUGAAAACUAGCGUUUUGCCAACGAUAACGUUUUUCUACUUAUUUUUCUAGACUACUGACCGCUAAAGCAGGUUGCUAGAUAUAGCGUUAUAUCAGGGACAUAGCAAUAUCCCUGACUGUGUUAUGUUAGCUACCCUAACAAGUAGCCUGUGCACUGGCUAGGCUAACGUUACUCUAGAUAGCUAAACAACGUCGGGUUGAAAACAUGCCCGUUUCGACAGCUAGCUAAUAAGUUAACUUAGACAUGACUUCGAAUGAGUUUGGAUCAUAUUUUAAGUGAAUGCAUGCAAAUAUGUGUAGCUAUAUCUAGUUAGUUAGCUAACGUUAAGCGGUUACUUGCUGUUAAUCACAGACUAAGUGCAUUCCUUUUGCCAGUUAACUUCUAGCCACGUACUUUACUGUAGCUAGCUAACGUUUGUUUACGUUCUCUAACUAGCUAAGCUGCUGUGAGACGCAGCUCAUUUCCCCUUUCUAAAGGUAGAAUGGCAGGCGACGCCAGUGGCAUUCCUGAACUGGACCAAGAUAAAUAUGAUGCCGAUGAAGAAGUCAAGAUAAUCUGCCUUGGCGACAGUGCAGUGGGAAAAUCCAAGUUGAUGGAGAGGUUUCUGAUAGACGGAUAUCAUCCCCAGCAGCUGUCAACCUAUGCCCUGACGCUCUACAAAUACACUACCACCAUCGACAGCAAGGCUGUAUUAGUAGACUUCUGGGAUACGGCCGGACAGGAGAGGUUCCAGAGCAUGGAUCCCUCGUACUACCAUAAGGCGCACGCCUGUAUCAUGGUGUUUGAUGUGCAGAGGAAGAUCACUUAUAAGAACCUGACCAGCUGGUAUACAGGGCUGAGAGAGUACAGGCCUGAGAUACCCUGUGUGGUGGUGGCUAAUAAGAUCGAUGGUGAGUCAGCCACACAGGCUAAUUCUAAUAAUAUUUUAUUUUUUACUUUUUGUAUUUUUACUCCGUUGUUUGCAGCUGAUAUGAAGGUGACCCAGAGGAACUUUAACUUUGCCAAGAAGCAGGGACUUCCUUUGUACUUUGUAUCUGCUGCUGAUGGGACCAAUGUAGUCAAGGUGAGGAUGGACAACAUUGUCCUUAAGAGACACACAGUACUCUGAAUACUGUAUUCCUUUGCUUAGAAAAGGUUUUUCCAAGUUUUACUUUUACUGUCUUUCGAAAUGUGUCCCAGAUGUUCAAAGAAUCAAUCAAAAUGGCAAUGUCUUACAAGCAGAACUCUAGUGACUUCAUGGAUGAAGUAAUGCAGGAGCUGGAGGUACAGUACAUAUUUCCCUCUCUGGAUAUUCGCUCACUGAUCUUAUACACUCAUAUAUUUUGCUGUUUCCAUCUCCUUAAUUUACUGCAGCUAUUUCACUGACAGUUGUUCUGGUUAUGUCAUUAGAAUGAAUGUAUUUGGUUGAGUUCACAUUUAAUUGAACAGAAAAUGUGAAUGGUAACACAUUUGGUGUGGCGUUUAGGCUCUGCUCUUCAAGGUUGCUCCCCACCCAAGGAAAUGCUCAGGUAAUGAACCUAACAAAGCUAGGGGUAAGGGAGCAGAGUAUCUGCCAUGCCCUUGAUAAACAGAAGAGCAGAACCAAAAGGCAGCAGUUUGCUGAAGUCUAUUUGAAAGAAGUGCCAUCAUGCUGUGUGUUCAAUGUCUGAUUGAUCAGAAACUCAGCUGAUACUGUCAGCUUACUAAUCAUGUGACUGACUUGGAUUUGUGCCAGAACCAGCUUCGCUUGAUGUAUUUGACUGAUAGUUGCUCUGGAUAAGAUGACCUUUAGGUCAUUUAGCAGGCUGACUCAGCUAAAUGACUUUGCCACAAGCAGCACUGCAGAUAUUGCGAUGAGCAAGAUACAUGAUUUCUUUUCAGUCACACACAGUAUCUGCGCAUGCGCACGGGUUUACUUCAAACUUUUGCAACGUGGUAGCCACGGGACCAAAACAGCAGAGAAGUUGAGCCUCGCGCUUCAACGCUGUUAGUUGUUGGGGAAAUUGACUCACUAUGCUGUUUACUUUCUGUAUUACUUUCUGUAUCUCUACGUCAUAUCGCUGAGUCUACCUUAAUAUGUUUUAUUGUUCAUCCUUGACCUGUAGAACUUUUGAGCUGGAGCAGAAGAAGGAGGAGUCGUUAGAGAUGGCUGAGGGACUUAAACCAGAGAGCCCUGAGUCUGUCUGUCUGGCUGGAUGUUGAUGUGGAUACAUUACCCUCACAUUAUGGACACAUUAUUUUUACAUUAUACUGGCAUUGUGUAUAUGAGAGCUGAUUCUGACUGCACCGCAGCUAUGGAUGCUGUGGAUAUGUUAUCCUAACUGUGUUGACAUGAUACCUCUUUACCAUGGGAGGGGCUGUGCUCCAGAGUCUGUAACUGAUGUUGUGGAUAUGUUAUCCUAACUGUGUUGACAUGAUACCUCUUUACCAUGGGAGGGGCUGUGCUCCAGAGUCUGUAACUGAUGUUGUGGAUAUGUUAUCCUAACUGUGUUGACAUGAUACCUCUUUACCAUGGGAGGGGCUGUGCUCCAGAGUCUGUAACUGAUGCUGUGGAUAUGUUAUCCUAACUGUGUUGACAUGAUACCUCUUUACCAUGGGAGGGGCUGUGCUCCAGAGUCUGUAACUGAUGUUGUGGAUAUGUUAUCCUAACUGUGUUGACAUGAUACCUCUUUACCAUGGGAGGGGCUGUGCUCCAGAGUCUGUAACUGAUGUUGUGGAUAUGUUAUCCUAACUGUGUUGACAUGAUACCUCUUUACCAUGGGAGGGGCUGUGCUCCAGAGUCUGUAACUGAUGCUGUGGAUAUGUUAUCCUAACUGUGUUGACAUGAUACCUCUUUAGCAUGGGAGGGGCUGUGCUCCAGAGUCUGUAACUGAUGUUGUGGAUAUGUUAUCCUAACUGUGUUGACAUGAUACCUCUUCACCAUGGGAGGGGCUGUGCUCCAGAGUCUGUAACUGAUGUUGUGGAUAUGUUAUAUUCACAUUAUUCUCACAUUGUGGACAUGUUGUCCUUACAUCCUCAUGUUUGUAUUUUUUGUUUUAUUUUCUGCCAUGAAAGAGACAUGGUUUUAUGGAGCUGAUGCUGCAGAAAAUGUUAACCUAUGAGCCGUAUAAUAGUAGUGACCCGUGAGAGCUGGGGCAUUCUAUUGAUGUGAGAACAAACAUAUUGUAGGAUAGAUGUUGUGGCAGGCAUGGUGAACAUGUGCCAAAGUGUGUGACGCAGGCUGUUUGAGGUUAAUCUAGAAUGUGAUGCCUUGUAAAAUGUGGGACAUGCUCCAUACCUAUAAUCCCUAUUCUUGGUAUUUUAUGAUAGCAAAGUGAAACUGUGAAUGUGAACUCCGCUGCUUUGUCAUCAGCUUUCGCCCUCUUAUGCCUUUACCAUACGUGGCAUGUGUAUGGCGAUUUGUACAAUGUGAUAGUGAAGUACAUGUAUGUAAAGGCUGCUAUUGUUGCUCUAAGUGCUACAGUGUAAAGCCAGAGCGUUUAUAGGUCAUGCCUUUAAUGUAUCUUAAACAAUGAAUGUACCUUGUAACCAUGUGAUGGCAUUAGCGACUGUGUGGUUUUACUCAACACUUGUGACCUGGCUGCAUCAGUAAAAAGACUGCAUCAAUGUCACCAAUAAUUCAUUCCAGUGCAGUUACUGAUAUAGUUAUCAAUGUACAGGUUAGAUAUACACUGAGUGUAUAUCUCACCUCUCACCCCUUUUGCUCUCAGAACAGCCUCAAAUCAUCGGGGCAUGGACAGUACAAAGUGUCGAAAGCAUUACACAGAGAUGCUGGCCCAUGUUGACUCCAAUGCUUCCCACAGUU